UGGAUUUCAAGACAAAGUUGAAGUACAUGUAGUCAUUGGUAACGAGAGCUGUGACCUAGAUUCUGCUGUUUGUUCAGUGGUCUUAGCCUACCUUCUAACACUUACCUCAGGUACAAAAGACGUUGUUGUCAUCCCAGUUCUAGACAUUCCCCAGCAGAAGUACCAUCUCAGGACAGAAACAACAUUUUUACUAAGGAAGUAUGAGAUAUCAGAAGAACUUUUGACCUUCAGUGAUCAGAUUGACCUUGAUGACCUCCAUAGACAAGGCAAGCUGAAGUUAUCAUUGGUUGAUCAUAAUAUCUUACCUGAGAAGUACAUUCGAUUGGAUGAUUGUGUUGUAUCAGUGACUGACCACCGUCCACAAGUCAGAAAACAAGAUAACAGAGUAAAGAUCAACAUAGCCAAAGUUGGAUCAUGUGCUACAUUAGUCGCUGAAGAAUUUUUUAGUAGGACAGAUUUGACCUUUGACAAGACAGCUCUUACCUUUCUGUAUGGUGCUAUCCUAAUUGAUACAGUGAACCUAAGUCCUGCCGCCCACAAGAUGACAGACCAAGACGUAGCCAUGACUGACAAGCUGAAGGAGAUGUUACCUGAAAUCAAUGGAGAUGAUCUGUACAACUCUAUACAGAAGGCUAAAACAGACAUUAGUGAGUUGACAACCUUAGAAUUAUUAGAGAAAGAUUUAAAGAUAGUCUCAGGAACCAGUAUAAAAGUAGCAAUGUCUUCUGUCAGUAUUAGUUUACAGGAUUUUUUAUCAAGAGAGAACCUGAUAGAAGAUUUGUCCAGUUUUGUCCAGUCCCAGUCAGUGCUAGCGGUUAUUGUAAUGAUGAUUCAUCAAGUUACGGAGGGACAACCUGUCAGAGAUAUAGCUGUAUAUUCUACAGAAAUCAUUUUACAGCAAAAGAUAUGUGACCAGUUAUCAGCUAACAGGGAUCCAGUCUUGGAACUUUCUCCAGUACGAACGGAUAAACAAAAUCUGACCUGUUAUAAACAAGGGUGUGUGAGAGCCUCGCGGAAAGUUGUUCUACCUUUAAUUCAAUCUAUUGUCAAUGAAUAUAAAGAUGUAACUAGUCAUAGUGAUGAACAUUCAAAUAGUGCUGAAAAAUCAUUGGAUAGCAUUGAUCUUUUUAACCUCUCAGGGGAUCAAACUAGUCAAAACCAGUUUGUAGCAUCAGUGCCAUUGGACAAUUUUGACCUUUUGAAUUUAGCAGGUCAACAGUCUAGUCAAAACCAGUCUGAAACUGGUACAAACCAGAAUUUAAUGGAUGAAUUUGAUAUUUUUGCAGGAACAGAUACUGCUAAUAAUGCUCAAAUUAACAAUACAGAUGUGUUCAACGACUUGCCAUUAGACUCCCAGAAUCAGUUAGAUUUAAACUUUGACCUAGUAGGUACCUCAGAACAAACCAGUCAAUUGGAGUCAUCUUCAAAUGUUGAUUUACUAGGAGGAUUUGACCCUUUUAGUUCAUCUUCAAAUAACACUCCAAUAAUUGUCAAUAAUUUGCCAAGUAAUAUCCCUGAAAUCAAUAUAGAUAGUGAGCAAGCUACAGAUGAAUUUAAUGAAGCCGAUAUCAUGUUUGGUUCACAAACACUUGAGACUCCACACUCGGGGAUGAACAGUGUUUCUCAGGGUUCAUCGGCACAUAAUUCUGAACCAGGGUCAGCCUUUGCCAGCUAUCCAAUUACUCCACCAAAUAGUUUUAUAGAUGCUACAGGACAUGCUCAUGCGAAGGAAUUUGUAUUACCGAGUUUGAAUAGUGCAGAAAUGCUUGAGAAAAUACGAAAGAAAAAAGGCAGGUUACGAUCAACGGAAAGUACAAGUGCGGAUGGAACGGACAAUGACCCAAAUAGUGUACCCUACACACCACAAAACAGUUACAUGGAAGGUGCUUUUGACCAGUAUGCUAAGGAUCACCAGCUACCUAGCUUCAACAGCAUGGAAAUGGUGCAACGUAUAAAACAGAAACGAUCCUCGAUGGAAAUGUCAAGGUUAGACGAAGAGGAUGAUAUCGUAAGAUUACGUUCAGAAAGUGGUGAAGUGACACCAUUCACCCCUCAUAAUAGCUUUAGAGACUUAUCAUUGCUAGAAAAAAAUUCCAAAACAUUUUUAGAUACAAAUAGAUUGCAUCAAACUUUGAGAAAUAUUGAAGAUGAUGCAUCUGAAGCUAAUCAGGAUGUUGAUGAAGAUAGUCUAGCAGUGAAUGAAAUAACUGAUUCUGGUUUGUUGAUGUUUGACACAUCAGAUAUGUUAAAUCCUACAGAUGUACACAAUAACGUUGUAGCUGUAGGCAUUGCUCAGGAAAUGGUAAAAAGGGAGACAACUUCAGAGGAUCUUUUGGUUUCUUUUUUUGAUGCACCGUCUGAUGGAGGUAGUAGACUAACUGAUUCUAGUUCAUCAAGUUUUGAUACCAAAUCAUCACAAGACAGAGGGGAAAAUUCAAAUAAUGACAAUAAUUUUCAGAAUUUUCAGUCCAAGGGAAGUAAUUCUGAUGAUUUGAAAACUGAGGAACUUGUUUUAGAUCAGAGUAUUGAUGAGUUUGCUCAAAAUCUGACUGAAAAUUUGAUAGAGGAUGCUAUCAAUAGUUUUCCAGAGAACGAAUUACCUACUGAAACAGAGAAGGAAGAAUUGUCAGCCACAUCACCUGUCAGUACUGAGGAAAAUUAUUUCAAAGAGAAUAAUAUUUUAGAAAUACUUGAAUCCCCAUCUUCUACAGGUUCAGUUAUUACACCUGAGGAAGUACCUGUUGAAACAGAUUACCUGUCUAGUGUGGACAUAAUGCAUGGUAACCUUGACCUUGUUAAGGCAGCAGAGGAGAAAGAAAUAGUAGAGAGUAUUAGUUUUCGUAAAAUCAGUGGAGAAGAACCACAGACUGUUAGACAGGAAAUACUUCUUCGAAAUACUCCAGACAAAGUGGACGAGGAUACUGAACCUAAGAUGGAAGACUCCAAUGGUGCUGUUGAUGAAUAUGCUGCAGAGCUUAUCCAACAAGUCAUAUCUGGUGCUAUAGCAACUGUUACUACGGCAACUAAUACUGUAAACAGGGAUAUUGUUUCAGACUCAAGUAGUGAUAUAACAGAAGAAAGUGGAGUCACAUGGUCACGAGAGACCAGUUUCGAUACUGUGUCUUCUAUUCCAAGUAAAGAUGGCCAAACUGUCAUUUGGUCUAAUCAAGGAAGUCUAGAUACUCCUAGGUCAAGUAUAGAUACUGGUGCUACAAGCUUAGAAUCAGAUGAGAUGUUACUUCUUGCUCAGUCAGCGAAAAAUGGUCAGAUGUCAUCCUUUGAAACUCCAGAAUCGAAUGAUUACCUUUCUUCCACUAGUAGUUCAAAACGCUCAAGUGAUCCAAAAGUUGAAAGUUCAGAAAAAAUUAAGGAACAUUCUGUUAGUGAUUUAAAUAUAGAUGUAAGCAAUGAAAAGGAAUUGGUUCAAAGUUUAUUUAAUGACCAAUCAGACUCACUGCUGGAAUUUGCUGCUGGUUCAGACUUAGAUAAACAUGAUGGAAACCAGAUAAAUAAUCAAACACUAUUAGAUUUUGCUGGAAGUGAUUUGAUUCAAACUGAUUUAUUGCCUGAAUCUUUAAAAUCAGACAAUGCUAUAAAUGAGCUAAGUAAUAUUUCAGAUAAACCUGCUAUUGGAAUGGUGAACAUAGAUAAAAUGGAGUCUGUUGAUUUUAUAUCAUCUGAAAAUUAUACUGAAAAUUUGUCACCUUUAAGAUCAGACGAUGCUUUAAAUGAGCUAAGUAAUAUUUCAGAUAAACCUGCUUUUGGAAUGGGGACCAUAGAUAAAAUGGAGUCUGUUGAGUUAUCAUCUGAAAAUGAGACUGAAAAUUUGUCAUCUUUGAAAACAAACGAUGCUUUUGAUGAGCUUAGUAAUAUUUCAGAUAAACCUGCUGUUGGAAUGGUGAACAUCAGUGAAAUGGAGUCUGUUGAUUAUAUAUCAUCUGAAAAUGAGGCUGAAAUUUUGUCACCUUUAAAAUCAGGAGAUGCUUUUAAUGAGCAAAGAAAUAUUUCAGAUGAACCUGCUAUUGGAGAGGGUAACAUUGAUAAAAUGGAGUCUGUUGAUUACAUAUCAUCUGAAAAUGAGGCUGAGAAUUUGUCACUUUUGAAAUCGGCUGAUGCUGAAAUUGAGCUCAGUAAAAUUUCAGAUAAACCUGCUGUUGGAAUGGUGAACAUAGAUAAAAUGGAUUCUGUUGAUAAUAUAUCAUCUGAAAUUGAGGCUGAAAAUUUGUCACCAUUGAAAUCAGAGGACGCUUUAAAUGAGCUAAGUAAUAUUUCAAAUGAACCUGCUAUUGGAAUGGGGAACAUAGAUAAAAUGGAGUCUGUUGAUUAUAUAUCAUCUGAAAAUAAGACUGAAAAUUUGAGAUCAGACAAUGCUUUUAAUGAACUAAAUGAUAUUUCAGAUAAACCUGCUAUUGGAAUGGAAAACAUAGAUAAAAUGGAGUCUGUCGAUUUUACAUCAUCUGAAAAGGAGGCUGAAAAUUUGUCACCUUUGAAAACAGACGAUGCUUUUAAUGAGCUAAGUAAUAUUUCAGAUAAACCUGCUAUUGGAGAGGGUUACAUAGAUAAAAUGGAGUCUGUUGAGUUAUCAUCUGAAAAUGAGGCUGAAAGUUUGUCAACUUUGAAACCAGACAAUGUUGGAUUGCUGGAACAAUCCCAAGAUUCUAUGCCUUAUAAUAUUAGAAAAAAGGAGUCCUUGGAUUAUAUAUCUUCAGAAGGAGAAACAGAUAAUUUAGUGAAGUUACAGCAUGAGUCUGAGGACUUAAAACAAAAUGCUAGAUCAACCUAUCACAAAGCUGAAACUUUGGAUUAUAUAUCCAGUGAGGGAGAGGGCAAUGAUACUGAAUUUGUCACAACCCUCCAAGGAAUGUAUAGCAGUCAAUCAUCAGAGCCUACAUCAACCACAACAGAAGGAAGCUAUCAGGUUUUAUCACCUGACCAACAGAUACAAGACAUUAAGGGGGAGAUAACUGAUAUGAUAAACUCAGAAAUUGAAGGGGAGGUUACUCAUAUAAUUUCUGAUAUAAAAAUGGAGUUCAGUGGUUUGAACCCUGAUGUUUGUGAAACGAAAGAAAAUGAAAAUAAUGAGUUUGUUAACGAAGAAAAAGAAAUUGAUGAAAAUGAAACUGAUUUGAACAAACAUGAUGAAGAGUUUAUUAGCAACGAAAAUUUACUGGGUGGAGUAGCUGAACUUGGUGAUUUAAAGGGAGAUAAUUUAAAAUUUUCAAACAAUUCCUCAAAUGAACUUGUUGGUGAAGGAAAUGAAAUUGAUGAAAAUGAAACUGAUUUGAAAAAAAAUGAUGAAAAAUUAAUCAACAACGAAAAUGUACUAGGUGCCGCAACCGAAGGUCAUAAUAAAAUACAUGAUGAAUUAAAGGGAGAUAAUUUUGAAUGUUCAAACAAUUCAACAAAUGAACUUGCUGGUGAAGGAAAUGAAAUUGAUGAAAAGGAUACUAAUUUGAAUAAACAAGAUGAAGAAUUUAUAACCAACGAAAAUUUAGAAGGUGCAGAAGCUGAAGGUUAUGAUGAAAUACAUGAUGAAUCAAAGGGAAAUAAUUUAGAAUUUUCAAAUAUUUCAACAAAUGAACUUGCUGGUGAAGGAAAUGAAAUUGAUGGAAAUGAAACUGAUUUGAAAAAACAAGAUGAAGAAGUUAUUAGCAAUGAAAAUUUACUAGGUUUAGUAGCUGAAGGUUAUAAUGAAAUACAUGGUGAAUUGAAGGGUGAUAAUUUAGAAUUUACAAACAAUUCAUCAAAUGAACUUGUUGGUGGAGGAAAUGAAAAUGAUGAAAAUGAAACAAAUUUGAAAAAAAUCGAUGAAGUUAUUAGCAAUGAAAAUUUACUAGGUUCAGUAGCUGAAGGUGAAUUAAAGGGAGACAAUUUAAAUUUUUCAAACAUUUCAUCAAAUGAACUUGUUGUAGGAGGAAAUGAAAUUGAUUUCAACAAACAUCAUGAAGAAGUUAUUAGCAACGAAAAUUUACUAGGUGGAGUAACUGAAUAUGGUGAACUAAAGGGAGAUCAUUUAGAAUUUUCAAACAAUUCCUCAAAUGAACUUGUUGAAGAAGGAAAUGAAAUUGAUGAAACUGAUUUGAAUAAACAAGAUGAAGAAUUUGUUAGCAACGAAAAUUUGCAAGGUGCAGAAGCUGAAGGAGAAUUAAAGGGAGACAAUUUAGAAUUUUCAAAUAUUUCAACAAAUGAACUUGCUGGUGAAGGAAAUGAAAUUGAUGAAAAUGAAACUGAUUUGAAAAAACAAGAUGAAGAAGUUAUUAGCAACGAAAAUUUACUAGGUUUAGUAGCUGAAGGUUAUAAUGAAGUACAUGGUGAAUUAAAAGGAGAUAAUUUAGAAUUUUCAAACAAUUCAUCAAAUGAACUUGUUGAAGAAGAAAAUGAAAUUAAUGAAAAUGAAAUUGAUUUCAACAAACAUCAUGAAGAAGUUAUUAGCAACGAAAAUUUACUAGGUGGAGUAACUGAAUAUGGUGAACCAAAGGGAGAUCAUUUAGAAUUUUCAAACAAUUCCUCAAAUGAACUUGUUGAAGAAGGAAAUGAAAUUGAUGAAACUGAUUUGAAUAAACAAGAUGAAGAAUUUGUUAGCAACGAAAAUUUUCAAGGUGCAGUAGCUGAAGGGGAAUUAAAGGGAGACAAUUUAGAAUUUUCAAAUAUUUCAACAAAUGAACUUGUUGGUGAAGGAAAUGAAAUUGAUGAAAAUGAAACUGAUUUGAAAAAACAAGAUGAAGAAGUUAUUAGCAAGGAAAAUUUACUGGGUUCAGUAGCUGAAGGCUAUUAUGAAGAAAAAGAUGAAUUAAAGGGAGAUAGUUUAGAAUUUACAAACAAUUCAUCAAAUGAACUUGCUGGUAAAGGAAAUGAAAAUGAAGGAAAUGAAAUUGAUUUGAAUAAGCGUGAUGAAGAAGUUAUUAACAAGGAAAAUUUACAAGAUGCAGUAGCUGAAGUUAAUAAAGAAAUACAUGGUGAAUCAAAGGGAGAUGAUUUAGAAUUUACAAACACUUCAUCAAAUAAACUUGUUGAAGAAGGAAAUGAAAUUGAUGAAACUGAUUUGGAAAAACAAGAUGACGAAUUUGUUAGCAAUGAAAAUUUGCAAGGUGCAGUAGCUGAAGGGGAAUUAAAGGGCGAUAAUUUAGAAUUUUCAAACAAUUUAUCAAACGAUACACAUACUAAAAUAUCAGAGACAUGUGUGAUUGAUGAAAGCGGAAUUGAUACUAAUGAAAAUAGUGCUAUUGAUUCAAUAAAAAGAACUAAGGAAAUUUACAUGACAAGUGCUGGGCGGAUCAGCAUCGCUAGUGAUGGGGAUUCAGAGAAUGCUAAACAGAGAUUUUCAGUGACGGAUAAUUUCAUCGAAGAAACCCACAACGAGGUAGGAAAAUUAAUAGCUGAUGCAGAUGAAACUCUUGCCCAAGCAGAUGAAACUGUUUUUGAGGCUGACACAAUCCUUGCAUGUAUAGAUAUAAAUCCUUUGGAAGAAAAUAUUACCAACCCUACCAACAUGAAUGUUUUAAGUUCUACGAACGGUGACUUUUCAUGCAUGGAUGUUUUUGUUGAGGAGGAUUUAAAAGAAAAAAGUGUUGAAACCGUUGAUGAUCAAUUAAAUUGUGAGAAUGAACCGGAAACAGUCAGUAAAGAACCUGAGAAUAUAUCUGUAGACACUGAGAACAAGACACAAGAACCCGUCAAUAAAUCAGAAGAACUUGUGAACCAGACACAAGAACCUGUCAGUAAAUCAGAAGAACUAGUGAACCAGACACAAGAACCUGUCAGUAAAUCAGAAGAACUAGUGAGCAAGACACAAGAACCUGUCAGUAAAUCAGAAGAACUAGUGAGCAAGACACAAGAACCUGUCAGUAAAUCAGAAGAACUAGUUAACGAGACACAAGAACCUGUAAGUAAAUCAGAAGAACCUGAGAACAAGACAAAAGAACUUGUCAGUAAUUCAGAAGAACCAGAAAACAAGACAACAGAAUCUGUUAAGUCAGUGAAAUUUCAACAAGAGAAAACAAAUGAAGGAACAGAAAAACCUAAAGUAGCCAAGCCAGUAAAGAAAGGUAUGGAUAUGACAGAAGAGUGGCACGAGGAUCCCAUACCUGGUAUGGGGGACGCAGACAACGACACAGAUUCCAGUGACUCACGGUCCAGACAUAGCAGUGGUGAUUCUGAUAGUAGUGAUAGUACCAGACCUGCAAACAGACCAACAUCUUUACAGACUCGUAAAAAGAAGAAGAUAUCUGCUAACUUCAACAUUCUAAAGGAGGACUAUGCUUCCCCUGAUGAUAUAGAUACUACAGAUAAUCCUGGGGAUUUAGAAUGGGAAAAUGAUACUCCUGUAAGCAUUCCAAAAGAUCCUAUCCCAGAAUACAGUGCUGAAGACGAGUACCAGGAUGCCAAACAUUGGCGAGGAGUAGAAAUCAAUGGGAAACAACAGAAGAUUGACCUAAAGGUCAUUGACCCAUAUAAAAAAGUUCUGACACAUGGAGGUUACUAUGGUGAUGGACUGAAUGCUAUUAUAGUAUUUUCUGGUUGUUAUUUACCCGAUAGAAGUCGUAAAGAUUAUAAUUAUGUUAUGGAUAAUUUAUUUUUAUAUGUGAUUAGUACCUUAGAAUUGUUAGUAGCAGAAGAUUAUAUGAUUGUGUAUUUCCAUGGUGCCACGCCCAGGAGACAAAUGCCAAGUUUUGGUUGGCUGAAAAAAUGUUAUCAAAUGAUAGACAGAAGAUUAAAGAAAAAUUUAAAAGGUUUAUUACUGAUACACCCGACAUUGUGGCUGAGGACAAUCGUCUUGAUGACAAAACCAUUUAUUAGCUCAAAAUUUAGUUCCAAGUUAAAGUUUGUGCGAACAUUGCAUGACUUGUCCAAUAUAGUCCCUGUGGAGUACAUAUAUAUUCCAGAUCAAGUAAAAAAGUAUGACAGCCUGCUUCAGCAUCGUUCCCCUGCUCACUCUUCCUCUUCCUCAGCUCCUCACUCUCCUCCCUGAAUACACCACAGACACAGUUGUAUAAAGUGUAGAAGAGCUCCUUAAGAAGAAUCCAAAUUUACUCGAUCAAAAGGAAACCCGUGAUGAGAAGAGGAUAAGAAAGGAAGAAGAGAAACAACUGAAACUUGAGGCAAAGAAAGAAAAAGCCAAGAAAAAGAAAUAACUAUUUUAAUUUGUAUAAUUUUUAAUAUUUUUACUUAUUUUAUUAUACAUUCUUUCGAUUAUUAUUGUGAUUUUGUUUUUUAACUGAAUGACACAUUCACAAAUGAUUAUUGACAUAUUUUGAGUGAAAUGAAGUUUUUUAUUGCAUACAAUUACCUGUUUGUAAUUUUUAACAGAAACAUACCGUUAAUGAAAACAAAAAGGUACAUGAAUAUCACACUGCUGUAGAUAUGUGUUACACAAAAAACAAAUGACUCAUGCAAAUGGUCAAUUUGUUCAAUUUAGAUUUUAUCAAGCUAUUUAUUGACUUUUGAAGAUGUUUAAAUGAAAAUGAUCAAAUAAAGCUAGAAUAAUUUUAAAGGUAAACCUCAUCUGAUUUAAGCUUUGUCUUUUAGGAGAUAUUGAUUUCAACAUAUAGCAAUUUUUGAAUACCACAUGUUACAUUUGAAUAAACUUCUUAAAGAGGGUGAUGAUACCCCCAUUUUUCGUCCACCAUAAAUUUUCAUCAUGCUUUUCUAAUGACCCUUCAUAUAUGGUCAUCAGCUUGACAGUGAUGAGGUGUAAAAUGUGAGUGCUUUUCGUAUUUGUAAGAGACUUUCUUCUUGUUUUCUGAUACUUCUAUUUAUCCAAUAUGUUUAAGGACACUUUUCUCAGGAACUUAUGAACAUAAUGUCUUCAUAUUUGGUCAGUAGCUUGACAGUGAUGAGUUGAAAUGUAUGAACACUUUUUUGAUCCGUUAAAUACUGACCUCCUGUUUUCGAUACUUUGAAUUAUAAAUUAUGAUAUGCAUGGCAGUACAAGGUGUGCAACCUCUUGUUUGAAAAUGAAAAAGGUAGACAGACUACUGUUGUUACUUUAAAAAAAAACCAAAGCAGUGAUUUUUUUUUCUUAGUUGAUAUAGAAUAUAUAGUCUGAUAUUGUUUGUUAAUGAAUUAGAGGAUGAUUUUGCAAUAGUCUUUUGUAGUUUAUUUAUGACAAAGAUGAUUUAAUUGAGGGUUCGCAUUUUCAACUCUCUGAUUAAUAUCAGAACAGUGAGAAAUAUGAUCAUAUCUUAAAUAAAAAUAUUUUUGCUG